ACGUUGAGCGGAGAAUUGCGGGUAGGUGAUUAGUUAAUUAGAGAGGGAUGGGAGAGGGAGCUGAGUAGCAAGUUGUGGUUUGUUACAGACAGCCUACGAGUAUACAGGCAUGGCACGUUUGCCCAUCCGCACCGGGGCAGAGGGAUAAUUACAAUAUCGUUGAAUGUGGACGUGGAUGUGGAGAGCCAAAAGCCACGAGGCGUUCGGCUGUUACGCUCAUCCGUUCGACGGUUGAUCGACGACGCGCGGACAAUCUAUCCAUCCACUCAUACAAUACUGGCCUGAGGAUGACGGAAGCAGGACAGGCAUGGACAAGAGACGGAGCGGGACAUGUUAUUUCAAUUAAUGGGGUUGAUCUACUGGAUGUGAAGAUCAAUGACGUCGAUUGUGUUUCUCGGGGCUGACUUGGAUUAUCCAGGAGGAUGUUUUGAUUCAAUUCUCCUGAAUAUCACGGUGUUUUGGGAUGGGUGGAUGGGUUUGAUCGUCUUUUGGGAUCCACAGUGCCACGCAAGAGGAGGGCUACGAGUAUUACAUCAAUGGAUAGAAAUCAUAAGUGGCAAGAGCAGGGAAUAAUAGAUGCGGGGGAAGGGGGGGGGAUGAGCGGGA